UUUGCAAAAAAUUGCAAUUUUCCCUUGAAGCAACUGAAAUGACAUUUUCAUAUUAUUUUUUCCUCUGUUUCUUUGAUUUUUCCCAAUUUUGGCAUGUGAAACAGGAAUAGAAAAAGAUGGAAAACGAUGUGGCGACUAUUUCCAAGAAACGCGCGUUUCGGUAUAAUUACCGCAACUCUGUUUACAUAUUGGCUCAGUUACUACCGGCGUGGGUGUUAAGGCAUAUGUGUAAACAGCAAUAAAACAUGUAGUGCGGUCGUCGGAUAGGUAACCUCCUCCUUCUUCAAUCCAAAAAUGCCAAACGGGAGUUUCUGAAAAUUCAUGGGCGGAGUCGAUCUUUGAUACCCCGAGUUCUACCUCAUGUCAAAUUAAAACACCCUUCAUUAGUCGAUUUUCGUUCAUCACUACUUAAACUAUCGAAAAAAAUUUUCCUCCCUAAAAAAAAUCAAUCAAUCAAUUAAAUUGAUCAAGAAUUCUUUAAAAAAUUAAUUUGUUAAUUAAAAAAAAAUAAAAGGUGAAUAAAAUAAAAAGUGAAUUUCCAGUGAAAAUGCCUCUGUGAAAAGUACAAAGUGAUUUCCAAUUUUCGGGGAUAAAAAACAUUUUCCAAAAAACUAAACCGUCGAAGGGGUUAAUUACAAUUUGAAUAAUCCUCAUGUGGAUCUGAUCUAAUUUUUCGCGUCUUCUUCUUUUUUACAAAACAGUAUUAUUAAUUUGAAUAUUGACAUAAAAUCUUUCACCUGAAAUAAAGAAACAAAAAAAAAAUACUUUUUAUCAACAAACGAAUUCAUUGGUUAAAAUAAAUAAACUCCGAUAUUACAAAAGAAACGAAACUAAAAUUUGAAUAAAGUUAAUAAAUAAAAAUUGACAAACCGAUUUUAAAAUUCCAAUUUCCAGGAGGGCAAAAAAAAAAAGAAAAUCAUGGAGAAAAUAAUUCCCACACUUUGUCCAUUGCCAAAUUACUAUAGUUUAUCAUUGACGCCAACAUUGAGUCUUCAAUCUCUUUCAAGUCCAAUGGAUUUAUCACACUAUUGGCCAUUGCCAAUUCAUAGAUUUAAAAAUCAUCCACGAUGUGAAAAACCGCCGUAUUCUUAUAUUGCAUUAAUAGCAAUGGCAAUAAAUUCAUCGCCAAAACAAAGAUUAACCCUCUCUGGUAUCUAUAGAUUUAUUAUGGACAAAUUUCCCUAUUAUCGUGAAAAUCGUCAAGGAUGGCAAAAUUCAAUUCGUCAUAAUCUCAGUUUAAAUGAUUGUUUCGUUAAAAUACCACGUGACAAAACAUGUCCCAAUGAAGAUGAACAAUUUGCCGGUAAAGGAAGUUAUUGGACACUCGAUCCAUCGGCAAGUGAAAUGUUUGAACAUGGAAAUUAUCGUCGACGACGAACAAGAAAGCAAAGGAAUUUUGAGAAGCUUCAAAAUCAAACUUCGUGUAUACUUCCGAUGCAACUACCUGGAUAUUCAGAAAAAAUAAAUGAAUACGAAAGAUGUUUAAAAGAAGAUGAACCAACCUCCGUUCAAGUUCCAGAACAUCGUAUUAAAUCGUCCAUGUUUACGAUCGACAAUAUUUUGAGAAAAUCACCAGUUUCCGGAAGCUAACCACUUUCAUAAAAACGAGAAUCAUAUUUUAAUACAUUUUCUCAUAAAUUUUUUUCUUUUUUUUUUACUGAAUGUCUGGAUAAAUAUUGUAUAUAUGUGUAAAUGUAAAUAUGCGUGUGUGGAUAUAACUGGAAAUUGUCAUUUUACCAUUAAAAAUCAAGAUCGAAAAUACAGCAAAUUUUUUGUUUGUUUACUGUUUUUAGGGACUUUAAUGACUCCGACGCUAUAUAGUUUCAGUCACACAUGUCGAUUGUUUGUUUCUUCAAAAAGCGCAAUACGCGAGAUUUCGUUUUCACACAAACACAAAUCUAAAUAUC